CUCAGCUUUUACCUUAAUCUUUGUGCAGCUCUGCAGGGAGAACCAUAUUCAGCUCCGAGCAGUCUUUGCAAGUGGGGCCACGGAGACUGCCUGAGCAAAACCAUUACCAUCAUUCUGUUACUGGAAGCCCGAAUUCAGAGAACACAAGUUCCCCUGGACCCAGGACUUUAGCAGCCAUGUCGAAGUCCCAGAGUGAUGCUGGAACAGCCUUCAUUCAGACCCAGCAGCUGCAUGCAGCCAUGGCCGACACUUUCCUGGAGCAUAUGUGCCGCCUGGACAUUGACUCGGCUCCUAUCACAGCCCGUAACACUGGCAUCAUCUGCACCAUCGGUCCAGCCUCCCGAUCCGUGGAGAUGUUGAAGGAGAUGAUUAAGUCAGGAAUGAAUGUGGCUCGCCUGAACUUCUCUCACGGAACUCAUGAGUAUCAUGCAGAGACUAUCAAGAAUGUGCGUGCGGCCACAGAGAGCUUUGCUUCUGACCCCAUUCUCUACCGACCAGUUGCUGUCGCCCUGGACACUAAGGGACCUGAGAUCCGAACUGGGCUCAUUAAGGGCAGUGGCACCGCAGAGGUGGAGCUCAAGAAGGGUGCCAAGCUCAAGAUCACUCUGGAUAAUGCCUACAUGGAAAAGUGUGAUGAGAACACGCUGUGGCUGGACUACAAGAACAUCUGCAAAGUGGUGGAAGUAGGCAGCAAGAUCUACGUAGAUGACGGUCUUAUUUCUCUGCAGGUGAAAGAGAAAGGUGCUGACUAUCUGGUGACAGAGGUGGAGAAUGGGGGCUCCUUGGGCAGCAAGAAAGGCGUGAACCUUCCUGGUGCUGCUGUGGAUCUGCCUGCUGUGUCAGAAAAGGAUAUUCAGGAUCUGAAGUUUGGGGUGGAGCAGGAUGUGGAUAUGGUGUUUGCAUCUUUCAUCCGCAAGGCAGCAGAUGUCCAUGAAGUUAGAAAAGUCCUUGGAGAGAAAGGAAAGAAUAUCAAAAUAAUCAGCAAGAUCGAGAACCAUGAGGGAGUUCGGAGGUUUGACGAGAUCCUGGAAGCCAGUGAUGGGAUCAUGGUGGCCCGUGGUGAUCUUGGCAUUGAGAUCCCUGCAGAGAAGGUCUUCCUUGCUCAGAAGAUGAUGAUUGGACGGUGCAACCGGGCUGGGAAGCCAGUCAUCUGCGCCACACAGAUGCUGGAGAGCAUGAUCAAGAAGCCUCGUCCCACCAGGGCUGAGGGCAGCGAUGUGGCCAAUGCAGUGUUGGAUGGAGCUGACUGCAUCAUGCUGUCUGGAGAGACAGCCAAGGGGGACUAUCCCCUGGAGGCUGUGCGCAUGCAGCAUCUGAUUGCCCGUGAGGCAGAGGCCGCCAUCUACCACAUGCAAUUAUUUGAGGAACUCCGCCGCCUGGCCCCCAUUACCAGCGACCCCACAGAAGCUGCCGCCGUGGGUGCUGUGGAGGCCUCCUUCAAGUGCUGCAGUGGGGCGAUAAUCGUCCUUACCAAGUCUGGCAGGUCCGCUCACCAGGUGGCCAGAUACCGUCCCCGGGCCCCUAUCAUUGCUGUGACCCGGAAUCAUCAGACGGCUCGCCAGGCCCACCUGUACCGUGGCAUCUUCCCCGUGGUGUGUAAGGAUCCAGUGCAGGAUGCCUGGGCUGAGGACGUGGACCUCCGUGUGAACCUGGCCAUGAAUGUUGGCAAGGCCCGAGGCUUCUUCAAGAAGGGAGAUGUGGUUAUCGUGCUGACUGGGUGGCGCCCUGGCUCUGGCUUCACCAAUACCAUGCGUGUGGUUCCUGUGCCGUGAGGCGCUGCAGAGCCUCUCCACCGGUCCCUUCCCCACCCCUCCCCAAACCCAUCCAUAGGUCAGCAACCUGCCUGUAGUUCUCACACAGGGCUGCAGUUGUGGCUCUGGUGGGCCAGGACACCGGGGAAGAUGAAUGCUUUCGUGAAACAUGGCUAUUUUUUAAGACCCUACACAGGGCAUGGUCCCCCAAGGUCGCCCGCCCAUCAUGUGUUCCACUGCAGUGAGGGGCAGAGGAGGGGUGCAGGGCUGUAGGCCCUAGAGGGCAGGAGCUCUGUCUCCUUUGUGUACUGUGUCCACUGCCUGUAGAAAACAAUUCCCAGACAAGUAGCCCAGCCAGGGGUCAGAAGACCGCAAGAGAGGGGGGCCGCAGGGUCUGGGGCGGGGGGUCCUGGUUGAAUUGACUGGCCCUGGUACUUUCUUGCUUCUCCAGCCCCCUAGAUUUCCCCCUUUCCCGUUUUGUGGUGCUUCAUGCACUUCUGUUCCUGCACUCCACUCAGCAGUCGCCGCAGCAAACACUCCGCCUGCCUGUCACUUUCCUGGCUGCUGCAGCCUUCUCGGGCCUGUUGCUAUAGAGCCUACCUGUAUGUCAAUAAACAACAGCUGAAGCA